AUGUCAGGCGGGCGCGCCCUGGACCACGGGUGCCCCGGGACGCCCCUGGCGUGGCAGCAGCGGGACCUGAACUACCAGGCUGGGGGCCACCGCCACGCCCCGCCCCACGCCCCGCCGCCCCACGCCCCCCCCCUCUCCACUACGACCGUUAUCCCCCCCCCCGCCUCCUCCAGGGCGGGGGCCGCCCUCCACCAGCGACAGGCUCAGCCACCGCAGCGGCGACAAGUCCUGGGGCGCGCCGCCCCCCCUGCUGGUGCCCCUACCCCGCCUCGCGACCCCCGGGCUCCAGCGGCCGCCCCCCCUCGCGCCCCCCGCUCACCUUCUGCCACCUCGUCCUCCUCCUCCUCCUCUUCCUCCUCCUCCUCCACUGAGGAGAGCGAGAGGGUGGGGGCGCCGGGCCCCCCCAUGCUGUACUCCGGCAUGUACCCCCCCCGGCCCCCACGGUCCCCUGGGCACUCCCGGCACCGUGAAGAGUGCCCGCUCCGUGCCCGCCCUGGCGCUGGCCACCUGGGACGGUGA